AUGCAUCUACUCUCUCCAAUCACCAUCGCCCUUCUUGCGCAAAGCACUCAUGCAGCACAAACCGUCUUACGUUUUGGAUGCUCCCAGAUAGUGGUGGAGCGGUUAGAUCCGUACGUAACGACACUUGAGGAGAAAACCACAGUUAUUGACUUGCCUUCAGACUUGUUAAUCCAGGAGUCAAUCCCUCCCCUCACGUUCAUCAAGCAAAUCACAGGCGGCAACGCAUUCUCCCCCCAAAUCCCCCAAUCCGACGUCUCAGCCCUCGCAAACUGCACAACCUGUUCCUUCAGCGAAGACCUCUCAAACUACUGGACCGCAAACCUCUACUUCCGUGCCCCAAACGGGACAUACAAACGCGUGCCCCAAAUCCCAAACCGCUACCUCGAUGGCUCAGUCGGUGGAAUGACAAUUUACUACACCUCUCCAUAUGACGGCUCGAAGGUCACGGCUUUUAAACCCUGUGGCGUUACCAACGAAAGCGUGUCCAGGGGGGAUUAG